GAUUCCCAAACCAACUGCCAUCUAUCUUUUUCGCCGGACGGUGGGAUUCUCCCGCAUCCGCCUUCGCCCACAAGCCACGCGCCCGCCGAGCUCUCUACUCUCUAGGCUACACAGCAGCUACCAUGGACAGGAUGCGGGACGCCCUGGAGCGGGCCAAGAUGCUGGUCGGCAUGGAGGUCGACGAGGAGGCCGCGCUGCCGCCGCCCGAGGAGCAGUCCUUCUUCGACGACAUCAACCGGCACUGCACCCUCAACACCACCCAGAGGCUGUAUGGUUUCGCGAUAUGCUUGGCUGCUGGUCUGACGUGCACUUUCUUGUCAAUGAUCGUUUUCUUCCAUCCUGUGAAAUUUGGGGUUACAUUCACACUUGGCAAUAUGAUGGCGCUCGGAAGUACAGCAUUUCUUAUAGGUCCGAAGAGACAAUUUGAUAUGAUGCUUGAUUCUAUGCGCAUAUAUGCCACUGCUAUAUACAUUGCAAGCAUCAUUGUUGCUCUAUUCUGCGCUCUCUUAGUUCACAGUAAGGUGUUGACUCUACUUGCCAUCAUUUUGGAAUUUGGUGCCCUUGUCUGGUACAGUCUAAGCUAUAUACCCUUUGCGCGGUCAGUUGUUUCAAAAGUGAUGGCGUCUUGCUUCGACACUGAAUUCUAGAGCAACCAUCCUGAUCCCAUCUACCGCUCGUUGCUGGAUCGUAGACAUCCGUGAUCAACCUCACAUUGCUGGAUCGGUAGACAUCGAUGAUGUACCUUUCAUUGCUGGAUCAGUAGAUACUGGUGAUUACUGUGUACUUCUAACAAGCUCAUGAACUUAAGAUCAGAAAUGAUGUUAACUUUUCCCCAGUGUCCACCAUCUUCUUUCACAAAUCUGUAUAUGGCAUCUUGUUUGUUCCCUUUGGCUUGGGAUUUCCCUCCACGUGAAUGCAUGGCACACUCUUCGUGGAACAUAGGAGCAUCACUGUGAUAGUCCUGUAUGAUGAUCAAAGUUAUAUUAUGAUGAUAGAAGUAUCAUGGUGCCUGUUUGAAAA